AUGCGCCCAACUGAGACAUGCGAGAAUGCUUGGGGCGGUUCAAAUCUCUACCGUUUUUUUUUUCGUGGCGACAUGUAUCUAGACGUUUUCAGAAGACAAGAGGCAACAACGACGGGCAACUUCUACUCGAACUUCCAGAAGGUGACGGACGUCGAGUACUCGUCUGCCACGGGCACAAUUGCCGCAGCCAUCACGUCGUUCGCGUCCAGCGUCGACGCAGACUCCCUCAUCACAGACGCCUCAGGCUCGGCAGCCAGGUCUGUGCUGGGCGUGUCGAGCGCGCCCAACAAGACGGACGCGGCCUCGUCGUCGGCGGCCGUGUCCCACUUUGCAUCGCAAUCGUCGUCUGCUGGCUCUCCAGACACGGUUUCGCCCAAAUGGGGCUACAUAAUUGCCCUGACCAAGAAAAACCAAAAAGUCGCCAAGAAGUUCACCGUCGACUGCUCCGGCCCAACCGAGAACGGCGUCUUUGACCCAGCCUCGUACGUCAAGUACCUUGUCGAGCACAUCAAGGUCGAUGGCCACCUUGGAAACCUUGGCAACGACAUCACCGUGUCGCAGGAGGGUGCCGCCAAGGUGGUGGUUGUGUCCACCACCAAGUUCUCCGGAAAGUACCUCAAGUACCUGUCCAAGAGAUACCUCAAGAAGAACCAGAUCAGAGACUGGAUCAGAUUCGUGUCGGUCAAGAAGAACGAGUACCAGCUGCAAUUCUACAGCGUUGCUGUUGACGACGAGGAGGACGAGGAGUAG